AUGGAAGAUCGAGAUCCGGUAACCAAGAUAUCUUUCUUAUUGAAUAAUAUUAAUAACAACAACAAUACUAAUAAUAACAAUAAUGGAAAUACUGAUAUAAAGAGUAAUAUCUCAUCUGCUUCUACAAGUCCUGAUUUAACUGCAAGAAUUGAAUCAACCACUCCAGAUACUACCAUACGAACGAAUAUUAGUACUUCUUUGCCGACCAACAGUACUACUACUACUAGUACUACUACUAGUACUACUACUACUACUACUACCAAUAAUAAUAAUACUGAUAGUAAUGCUAUGGAACAAUUGGAACCAUCCUCGAUACCACUACCUAAGCCAGCAAAUGGGAAGAAAAACUCAAAAAAUGCUGAUUCAGCCACUUCUUCCUCUUCGUACCAUAGUGCUUCACGUUACUUGUAUACUCAACCAAAAUCGAGGUCAUCAAUACCAUUCGAUCCAAUACAAUUGGAAAUAAGACAACUGAUAAACCAAAAUCAUGAUUCCCCAGUAAGAAUCUUCCAUGAACAAUCAAAACUAUCAUACCAUUUAAAUGAUAAUAUUUCUAUCCCAGAAUUCAUAGUAAAUAAUAGUGAUGAUAUCCCAAACCCUAUUAAAUUUUAUGAAUCUGUCAAAGAUCUUGGUGCAAAAUAUGGUGCAGUUAAACUAAAAAUAUUAAAUAUGAAUAAACUCAAUACUACUAUCACUAAUAUCAAUAAUUUGAAUACUCAUAAUCAUGACACAACAGUAAACGAUAUGAUGGAUUCUAUUAAUUUGGAAUUGAAUUUUGAACAAUUUUGGUUCAAAACAAGAAGACAAUAUUCACAUAAUUUUAAUGAUUUAGAAUUGGAAUUUUAUUCGAAACUUUUCAAAUUCCAUAAACAAAAAUAUAUGGAAUCUGCAUCAUCUACGAUUAAUAAUAAUAACAAGAAUUAUAAUAAUGGAUCUUUGAAAAUACCAAGUAUUGAUAAAAGAGUUCUUGAUUUAUAUCAUUUCUGGAAUUGCGUUCAAUUAAGAGGUGGAUUCGAUGCAGUAUGUCAAAGAAAAUUUUGGGCACAAAUUGGUAGAGAAUUAGGUUAUUCAGGGAAAAUUAUGAGUUCAUUAUCAACUUCAUUGAGAGCUGCUUAUGUCAAAGUUCUUCUAGAUUUCGAAAAGGAUCAAGUAGAGGUUAAAAUGGAAAUACAAUCAUCACAAUCAUCACAAGCGAAUGUUGAUAGUAAAGACGAACAUGUUGAUAAAAAACAGAAAUUAAAUACAUCGGAAACUGAAGACGGGUUUUACAAAGUUAAUGUUUCACGGAGAAAUUAUACAAGAAUAAGGGACAUUAAAACUUUAAAGAAUUUACCAAUCCAUUUCGAUUCAGUCACUGAGGAAAAACCAAUCAUUACAAAAUCAAAUAAUAAACUAUUACCCACAUACGAUUUUAAAUUUUGGAAUUCUGGAAUGGAAACUUACGACAAAAAUCCAUUUGAGUUAAAAACAUCAUCAAUUUAUAAUAUCAAACAAUAUUAUGAAAAGAGUCAAAUCAUCUUAGAGAAAAUUAAAGCCAAAUAUGCAAUGGAUUUCCCUGAGGUUCUUUCAGCACAAAGUAAAGUAUUACAGCAAGAUUUUGAAAAAUUAUAUUUCCACUUCUUAUCAUCAAAUAAUCCAGAUAUAGAAAUUGAAACCGGUUUAGAAUUAGAUUUUACAAUUCAUAAAAACCCGUUGACAGCUACGUCCCUAAAUAAACUCGAUCCAAACAAAUUGAUCAAUCCAUGGAGAUUGGAAAACAUUCCAUUAUCUGAAGAUUCUUUAUUGAAUCAUAUUGAUAUUGAUAUGGGGAAUUACACUAGAUCCAACUAUGAAGUGGGUAUGUUUUUCUCAAUCGCAGGUUGGUCAACAAACGAUUUAUUUUUACCCUCGAUAGAUUAUAAUCAUCUGGGUUCCUCCAAAUUAUGGUAUAUUAUACCUCACCAUUCCAUGGAAAAGUUUCAAAGUUUAAUUAAUAAUUUAGCACAAAAUGAUACAAAAAAGAAAGAAGCUGAGAGAACCAUGAAAGGGCAAUUAGAUGAUGAUUUUAUGCAGUCAGAAUUUUAUAAGUCAUAUCUAGAAACAACAAACGCAAACACAUCACCAGAAGACCUUGAAAAGAACUUUCCCACCACGAAAAUCGCUAAAUUAGCGAAUUUAACUGGGAAGUACCCCACAAUUAAUUAUCAAUUCACACCUGACUUUCUGAGAGCAAAUGAUAUAGAAGUUCAUACAAUAUCACAGGAAUAUGAUUCAUAUGUUUUUAUAUUCCCAGGUACUUACCAUUCCACUGUUGGCGCAGGUGUGUAUUUAUCGCAAAAUGCUACAUUUGCUCCAAAAUCGUGGUUAAAUUACAUCAAAGAUGGUGAAGAAUACAUAUCCAGGAAUAAACUGCUUACGAGUAUAAACAUGCAGUCGUUUCUCACAAAUAUAUUGUUGAAUUCUGAGAAUAAGUACGAAGAUAGAGAGUUGCUUUACAUCUGUCAGAACAACCUGUUACCGUUGGUUAAUAAAGAAAUUGAAUACAGAACCAUUAUAGAAAAUUUAAAUGAUAGGUUUAGAAUUCCAAUCGUUUUCAAUAGAUUUGAUUUCAUAUCAAACUUCUCCUUGGCCUCUACAGGAUUUUCUAAAGUAGUAAUAUCAAGUGGGAAUGAACUAAUAACUCUUUCAAUUGAAGAGUUUUUAGCUAUGUAUACACUAACGGAAGAAUCAUUCAACGUGGCUGGGUAUGAAAUUGAAGACAUUUCGGUCCAUUAUUCCUAUAGUAAUGAAUUCUUAGAGGCAUUGAUUGCGGGAGAAAAUAUAACGACUUUGAAAAAGUUAAGUGCCAUCUUACUUGAUCCACACGAGGUAACAACGCAAUUAACGUACCUCGUUGAAAAUGUUUGUAAGAAUGGAAGAGUUCCAUUAGAUUUAUUUAGAAGCUUAGUUUCUCAAAUGAAUAAAAAGGACGAGCGAUUAUCAACCUUCCAAAAUAUUAUCCAAUCAACAACUGACUUGCAGACCGCAUGUAGGAACUUGAUAUUAAAUUAUGUUAAUAAUAUAAGUCAAUGUCCGAAGUCAAUUGUAUAUUCAAAGGGGUUCAAUAUUACUAUAUUGACAUUGCCAACCGAGAACGAUGCAAUCGAACAACUCUUUGAAAUGAAGAAAAAAUUUGAUAAAUCUUCAAUUGAGUUUAAAGAGAUGACUACUAUAAUUACAGUUUGCCACGAAAUCGACAUGUUCAAGGAAUAUGUCGAGAAGGGGUUAACAAGACCAAAUCUUGAAGAACUUCGUUUGAUUUAUGAAAAGUCUUUUGAAAUUCCAAUACCUGGAAGACUUCUACAAGAAGUGGUUGGUCAUCUUUAUCGCUUAGAAUGGUUAAAGCUUUACAAAAUAUUAGUUGACAAGAAACAGCAUGAUGAACUUUCUAAAAUGAAUUUAACCUUGUCAUCAUUACAAUCCUUUUUAAGAUUUGGUGUAGAACAUUGUACAAGCCAUGAUAUCAGCGAAUUACAAUUUGUGAAGUCUAGAAUCAUGGAAAUCGAAAACAUCAACGAACGAAUUGUUAAAUUAGUGAAAGGGAGAAGAACUGACUCUAAAAUCCCCAUUGAUGAUGUAUAUGAUAUUGCUAGAAGAAUUAGAGAACGGACUUUACCAAUAGUAGAAAGCAGUUUUAAAAUCAUUGAAGAUCUGUAUGACAAUUUAGAAAACGUCAAAAUAAAAUUCAACCCGUUUUGGGAACGUUUAAAUAUUAAUAAAGAAUUCAUAGACCCAACAGCUUCAGCCAUACGAAAGAAUUCUCUUGAAUACUUGCCAUUACUAGAAAGGUUUGAUGGCUCAGUCCACGAUAAAAGAUUAGACAUACUGAAAGUUGAAAACCAAGGGUUAUUGAAUAAGCAAUUUAAAGAGAGUAAGUAUUGGCUUAAUCAAUUGUAUAAGAAAGUUAAAAGGGUAGAAUUUGAUAAAUUUACAAAAAAAGCCAAAGAAUGCUUGAAUUUAGAUGAUGAUCCAUAUAUACCAUCAGAAAAUUGCGCUAAUAACCAAACCAGGUACUGUUUCUGUCGUGGUGGUGAUAUUGGAACUAUGGUACAAUGUGAGAUUUGUCAAGAAUGGUACCAUACAGCAUGUAUUAAUAACGGAAAUUGGACCCUUCCAGAGGACAAUGACACAGUUUUCCUGUGCUCGUUGUGUAAUAACGGUAAUAAGACUAUUUUUUCUCCUGUAGGUACCUUUGAAUAUGCUGAUAUGAAACGAUUGGUCUUAGAGUCAUUGAAAUUAGAAAUGUUACCUAACCGUAGAGCCGUCCAAAGCUUAUUUGAUAUUUUUAAAGAUGCAUUAAAUUUUAGAAAUGAAUUCCAAGAGUCGUUGUUUAAAGGUGGGCACAUAGACAUGAACGUACCCAUUCACAAAAUUAAACACUAUCUAAGAAAGGCUAAAGGUUCGAGAUGUGGAUUUUUGGAUUUGGUUGGCCCAUUACAACGAUAUUGCUAUACUCAAGAAGCUGAAAAACUGGAACAGUUGCGUAAUAGUUCCAAAAUGAUUAUAACUGGAUAUGACUCUAACACGCGUCCGACGACAAGUAGUCCAACACUGACGGUGACACCAUCAACGAUCAUUCCUAUCGCAACUAUAUCUUCAGACUCAAACAUUGGGAUUGAGAAUAUUGAUACAGCCAUAUCUUUGCCACCGCCGGACGAAGCUGAUCGAAAAGAAAGCUAG